AUGCGGCUUAACUCCAACUAUCUGAAGGAUAGAAAUGAAAACAGUACUACCAAGCAACCAGCUGCUCAUUUAUUUUCUCUAAAUAAUAAAGAACACUGGAAACUGUUUGGAAACUACAACAAUAUAGAUGUCCCUAGGCAUGACUAUAAAGUCAGGGUGUAUAUUGAACCAAUUACACAAAUGGUUAUGGGUUUGGCUAAUUUCAUAAAAUACAUGGAAGGAGUGAUUAUGAAGACAUUUGAUCAGCCGUGCGUGGAGACGUUCCUUUGCCAGGUGAAUCCAAGAGAGAAAAACCAGAAACCCACAGGUGGGAAGGCAAAGCAGCUCUCGCAGGCAUCCCCGCCCGAACAGGCCCCCUGCCCCGGGCCCGGAGCCGGGGAGGCUGCAGGUCCACCGACCGCGCAUCAUUGUCCGGGCGGCCGCAGUCCCGGCCCAGCCCCCGGGGUCGCGUCGCCCCGCCCAGCCCCUCACCAGCUCCGAGCUCUCGGGCUCCGCGGCUGCCGCCGGCGACCACCAGGCCCCGGCCCCAUCUCCUCCCUACCCCGGGAGCUAAAGCCCCCCGCCGCCCCUUGCAGGUCCCUCAGACCCUCCUCUGCCAACCCCACUGACCGUGCUGCGGGCUUGCUGCCGCGUGGGCGUGAGUGGCGGGCAGGGAGCCGCACUCGGGGGCCCCCUCGCGGCCGGGACGCAGCUCACCCGGCCGCUGGGCUCUGCGGGCAGCCGGGGAAACUGUGGCCCUGGAGCAUGCGCACAGGCAAAGAGGGCUCCCCCCGACCCCACCCCGGCCCCAGCCCCAGACACCGAGCGACCCGCGCGGGCUCCGCAUCCCGGCGUGCACGCGGCCACCUGCGCUCAUCAAACAGCCGCGCCGGGCGGGACCUGGAGACCCGGGAGACCGGGGGUCGCGGGCGACUGCCCGGGGCCGGGCGGGGUGGGUCCGGACCCGGGGAAGACGCCGGGAGCCAGCGCCCGAGAGCCUGGGCUGUGAACUUCCACGAGCCGCGCCCCGAUCGCGGCCUGGCACUGGGUCAGCGGCCCGGGGUCUGCGUCCUCCUGAACCCACGACUGCGGAGGCUCCUUCCGAGUCUGGAUGGAGGAGCCCGGCUGUCAAACAGCAAGACUCAACUUCAACUCCUGGCCAUCCCAGCUUCUGGCAAAAAUACUCUUCCUUGA